AUGGUUGAUAAAGACCAGGCUGAAAUCAAUGCCAUCCGUAAGGUGUUCAAUGAGUCAGACAUUCUCCUUUGUUGGUACCAUGUAAUGCAAGCAGUAACUUGUUGGCUGUCAAAAUCUGAAUCUGGUGUAAGUGGACCUGAAAAGGCAGAUUCAAGAGCGCACAUCAUGCAGUUUAUGUCAGAGAUGACAUGCUGUUCAACGGUGCACAAGAAUUUAAAGGAAAAGGCUUAGAUGUUUCACUGCCAGUUUAGGAACUUCAAAUAUUGCUGCAAGUACUUCAGGAACCACUGGGAGACAAUUGGUCAUCUCUGGUCUAACUUUGCAAGAUGCUAUAAACAUGGAGACUCUGACACAAACAAUCUAUUAGAACGACAUGGACACACAACUGCAAGCCCAUACCAAUAA